AAGCAAUUCACCCAUAUGACCUCCCUAACCUCAUUUACAGGCUUGCAGCCAAGAGGGAAGGAUCUCUACUUGGAGACUGUUUCCUUUAGGGUAUUUUCCAGUGAACCCUUAUCUUCAGAGCAGGGCCCCUGAUGCUGCAAAGGACCCCAGUGGCAGCUGUGUCAGGCCCAGUGACAGGCACCACGUGCAGCCUCUCGUCUGGACAAAGCCUAUCAUCCUCCCAUGGCAACAGAAGAUAACUUUGCAGCAGCUAAGUAUGAUGCUCCAGUUGCUGUCUACUGUGGGAGCGUCCCAAAAGUUAAACCCAGAUGCAGACCUCUGCGGGCUGGAAGCAUUGAUUCAAACUUGCAGCUUUGUGGCAGCAGAUGGAUUACUGAAGAAGGAGGAGCCAUCUCUUCCCGAGGCUGGGACAGCAAGGCUAGUGUGCAGGAUCUUGAUGCUGGGGCUGGAAGUGAUCUCUCCUCCCUUCCUCAUCCUCAGGAAAGGGAGGUGAGCAGUGCUGCCUUGGAAACUACUCAGAUCAAGGACAAGCUGAAAAAGAGGAGGAUGUCUGAGGGCCUGUUAGCCCCACAGAGAGGCCUAACUGACAGCAGUGACCUGAAGGGACUUGCCCUAAAGCCAGCAAUUUCCAGGUCAGCUUCCCAGAGGCUCCUGGUAACCUCCAAGCCCGUGCCCCCUAUCCAGAACAGUCUUCCUCCCCUAGAGCCCAGCUGGAUGAGCAAUGGGGAGCAGGAAUUCAGGGAGGAUGGCACAGAUCAUGGUGGCAAUGAAGGCAACCAUAAAGAAUUGGCAUCAGAGGCUUCAUUGCAGUCUCUGUACUGCAGUGAUGAGGAAAGGAAGAAGUCACUGGGGGUGGCUUUGAUUCCUCCCAUCCCCAAGUCAGCAAGACCAUCUGACAGGGAUCCUGGCAGCACUGAAAUACCUCUCCCAAGCUUGCAGCAGCUGGUUUCUCAAGAGCCCCUGGAGAUGAGGCCAAGAUCAGGCAGCAGAACAGAAGAGAAGACCCCUACAUCUCUGGAACUCCGGACUCUGGAACCCAUCUUGUCUAUUCCCCAGCAUCGUGUUGCCUGUAGCCUGAAGUCUGUGGGGCAUCUCUGUGAACCUGUGCCCCCAUUGGCAGAUCUGCCCCUCAGCCAGUCCAAAGAGAUGGAUCACCUUUCAAGUCCUUGCCUUCUGAAGGACGAUGACUGGAAGGACAGCAGUGGAAGGAUCCAUAUCACCAUAUCCAAGUCUGCUCAGGAGAAAAUGCGCCAGAAGCAAAUAAAAGAGAUGGAGUUUUUGCUCAGAGAGAGGGAGAAAGAGAGAGCAAAGGAGAAGUCAUUGCAGGUCUCCACCUGGAGUGCUGACCCUGGGGGCGUGGCUGGGGAAGACUUUGGCCCACCACACAUCAAUGGGGCACUCUCCAUCUCCUCCAACACCAGCAAUGUGUGCAGGUCGAGCAUUGGUACCAGGCUGAGGAAGCGGGUCAACAGGCCCUCCUUGCCCAGCAUUCCUGUCAUCAGCCAGGACACCAGCUUCCCACGGCACUCCUCAGCAAACUCACUGCCAGCCAUUGCUUUGGGCUGCCUGGAGUGGGGAGAGGAGCCUGAGUGUGGGGACGCCAGGGAGACCAGACCCUUCUCUCAUCCAGAGCAAGGGCUGCUCAAUGCACUCGCAUGGCUCAGCAGCAGUGACUGGCAGCUGAAGGGGAAAGGACUCUUCAACAUCAGACGCUUGGCCAUCUGCCACUCGGAAAUCCUCCUCAGUAGACUUCAUGAUGUUACCUUGGCAGUUACCAAAGAGGUGAACAAUCUCCGCUCGAAGGUGUCUCGCUUUGCAAUCAGCACUCUUGGAGAACUCUUCAGGAUCAUGAAGAAACACAUGGACCAGGAGGUAGAGGAGGUUGCUCGGGCCUUGCUGCAGAAGACAGGGGACUCCAGCGACUUCAUUCAGAAAGCAGCUGAUCGAUCCCUGAGGAUUAUGGUGGGGAGUGUGACUCCUGCAAGAGCAAUGGCUGCUCUCCUGGCUGGUGGGGUCAAUCACCGCAAUGUCCUGGUGCGGAGGUACACAGCAGAGCACCUGCUGACUGUGAUGGAGCAGAUUGGAGCUGAGAAGCUCCUGUCAGGCACACGUGACAGUGUCGAGCUUCUUGUUCACAUGCUGGUCAAGCUUGCUCAGGACUGCAAUCAGGAUACAAGGUUUUAUGGACGGAAGAUGCUGAAUAUAUUGAUGAGUCAUCCAAAAUUUGAUGGACAUUUUAAACAAUUUCUCCCCUCCCGUGACUUGCAAGUUGUUAUGGCAACAAUUAAGCAGAAAGGGAUAGAAGACCGUAUGUCUGAACCUCCAUCUGCCAAAGGCCGCAGGGAGUCCAGGAACAGUGGCUUGAUGACAUCCCAGGAAAACUUGCCUUCUGAUGAAGGGUCCAGCUCUGAUGUCCUCCUCUUACCGCAUCAGACAGUUCGGCGCACAUCACUUCGCACUGUGGAAGAGAUUGAACAACUCAAAGAGCUUAACAAUCUCCUGUCAGCAAAGGAGUUUCAGACACGAAUAGAGGGAGUCAUGCUCCUCCUAGAUCACUGCAAAAGCAACCCCCAGCUCAUCUCAGCAAAUAUUGUCCAGAUUUUUGAUGUUUUUGUCCUGAGACUUCAGGAUUCCAAUAAGAAGGUGAAGCAGCACUCACUGGAAGCUCUGGCUUCAGUUAUACCCAUUCUCAGAGAUGCCUUACACCCAGUGCUGGUUUCUCUGGUAGCAGCAGUCACUGACAACCUGAACUCGAAACACACAGGGAUUUACACCGCAGCUGUGAAGGUACUGGAAGCAUCCACUGCUCACCUAGACAAUGCAUUACUGCUGCAAGCGUUGGCCCACCGAGUGCGUUUCCUCAGCGGCCGAGCCAUGCAGGACGUCACGGAGCAGCUCUCAGUGCUUGUGGCAUCUGUUUAUCCCCGGAAAGCCCACGUGGUCGAGCGCUACGUCCUGCCCGUGCUCUGGUUCUUCCUGAGCAACAUGAUCGGAAACGGUGUCCUGCCCGGGCGAAGCAGCAAUGUCAGGGCUGCGGUCACCAAGCUUGCCAAGAGCCUCCACCAAGAGAUGGGCUCCAGUCUCAAGGAGCAUGCUGCCAGCCAGCCUCCACACGUGGCAAAACACCUCUGGCAUGUUUUGGACCUGGAUGGUCAGUGAAGAAGGCUUGGUGUCCUCCAUGCAGAGACCCUCCAGGCAGAGACCCUGGCAUUGGUUUUACUCUGAUUUUGAAGCACCAGAUUUAUUCUACAGAGUUUAGCUACAGACGUGCAUAGUCUAUUUUGAUGUAGGCUACUUUUUUAAAAAAAAGGAAGUAUUUUUCAAAGCUUUUAUUUCUUGAGCUGCUCUUUCCUGCAGAACUUACAUAGAUAGAAGAAAAAAAAAAAUAAAAACCCCUGUGUAAAUGCAAUUUGUAACUGUAAAAAGGAAAAUAAUAUAUUUAUAUACAUACUUGGAAGGUGAGAGAUGUGCAUAUAUAUUUACUUACAGUGUAAGAAAUGGAUUUUGUAAACAUAUGAGCUGCAGGAUUAGAAAGCUUACUGUCAGUGCAGUAGCAGAUGCACAGGUCAAGUUCUCUGGUACCAGAACAGGAGAAAUCCCCUUGGCUUUGCUGAAAUUCCCCUCCUAUUUCAAGGGGUGUAUCUUAUCUAUAGUCCCCUUUCCUUCCUCAUGUAACAGGCUGAUGCACAGAGAUCCUGGGGCAGCAAGGGGCUGAGGGUAUAACACACCUCUGGAGUGAGGUAAGCUGCGGUUGGCACUGUGGAACAAAUAAAGCCUAAUUUUUGUUUAACAUAUAGAUUUUCUUAACGUCUAAAAAGAUAGAUUAAAAAAAGAAAAAGGACCUGUCCUUUAAGAAAUUCAGUGUUUGCCUUAUCUGUGGAUGAAUAAGUACUUCUUGAUCUGAGAUUCAGGAGAGAAGGUAAGUGCCAGUUCUUCGCCACGCAAAAGUUUGGAAGUACAAAGGGGAGAAAUCAUGAAAGAAAGAGGACAGGCUGAAAGCAGCAGAUGCUGAUGCUUACUCAGAUAAGAAAAUAGAACAGCUUGAUCUAUGCUCAUAUGCUGGCAGAAUUGUGAAAGAAACUAAAAUGGAAGUUUUGGAGAGAAGAAAAAAUUGAAAACUAAUGAUAUGAGACACAAUGGGGCUAUAGUAAAAGGACCUUGUAUGAGGUUGGGAGUCAAAGAAUAAGCAGGGAGAUCUCUCCAGCCCAAGAGUCCUGGGGUUUUUCUAUUUACUGCACCUGAUUUAUAUGUCUAGAG